AUGGAGAGGAGGAUGAUUAUUUUCUGUAUGCUUUUCUUCUAUUUCAGUGUGGCACAGACUACAGCUCCACACAAACGAACAAAAUACCAGCAGAUUCUAAAGACAAUCAAAUAUUUACAAGCCACAGUGAAAGAUAAGGACGUUGAACUGCUGCAUACACCAGAAAACUCUGUGGAUGGAUGCCUGUUCACAGACGUGACCUGCUUCCAGCAGGGCAUACUGAAGUUACAGCCAGAAAGCAGCCGAGUCAACGCUACACUCAUCCAAACUGUUAAAGUCUUGAAAAGAUUCACCAUCAGCAGCUCUGAAAAGCAGUGCGACUCUACGUGUGAAUCUUACGACAAAAAAAGUCCCAAAGAGUUUUUGAAGAGCUUUGAAAAACUAAUCCAAAAGUUAAUCAAGGCCUGAUGUAGGACAAAGCAGAGCUGAAGGCUACUGAAAUCUACUUUUUAAAGCAGAC